GAAGUUACCAUACACAUAUAGCCGAAAUACAAUAUAGAAGAGAAUUGAAAAUAGUUUUGUAUCCUGCUUUGUCGAAAUUGCAUGCUUUUCAGAUAUGGCAAUCUUUCGGACGACACUGCUUAUGUUGCUUAUCCUUGUCUGCCUUACCACAUAUGAGCUUCAUGUUCACGCUGCUGAAGGUGCAGAAGGCAGUGAAGGUGCUGUUAAAAUCGAUUGCAAUGGGAGAUGCAAAGGGAGAUGCAGCAAAUCGUCCAGGCCGAAUCUUUGCUUGAGAGCAUGCAACAGCUGUUGUUCCCGAUGCAACUGUGUACCACCUGGCACACAUGGAAACCAUCAUCUAUGCCCUUGCUACGCCUCCAUUACCACUCGCGGUGGCCGCCUCAAGUGCCCUUGAAUCUAUGCACAGAUGUAUGCGGAAUUGUGCGAUGUUAUGUUGUUGAAUAAUAUAGACACUAGUGCUACCUUUUGAAUCGAUAUUUUACUGUUGUAAUCUCUAGAGUUCCUAUAUGCUGCAUUAACUGGUGCAGAAUCUAGAGCUACUUAAAUCCUUUAUAAAAAAAAAAAUCUAGAGCUACUUAAGUUUCAAAAUUA